GGCCUUAAUGGCCUGCACGAUCGCAUCAAAUAUGCCUUUUACAACCACGUCACUUCCGCUCGCUUCACUGCCUCCGACAUUCGCAACCAAAAGGCUCUUGCCGAUCUCCGUUAUCCCACAGAAUGGUACCCCGCCACUCGCACCAUGCCCCGAACCAUCCACCUCCAUGUUGGCCCCACAAACUCUGGCAAGACAUAUCAUGCACUACAACGUCUAGAACAGGCCGAAACUGGUGUAUAUGCCGGCCCUCUACGUCUGCUUGCUCAUGAAGUCUACACAAGACUCAACGCAAAGGGCAAGCAGUGCAUGUUGAUCACCGGUGAAGAAAAGCGUGCCCCCGAUGAUGAUUCCCUGACUGCCAGAAUAACCAGCUGUACUGUCGAGAUGAUGCCUCUCAACAAGGAUGUCGAUGUUGCCGUCAUAGACGAGAUUCAGAUGAUAGGUAACGCCGAUCGCGGCUGGGCUUGGACUCAGGCUGUACUGGGUGUCAAGGCUCGCGAAGUUCACCUGUGCGGUGAGACCCGAACCGUUCCCUUGAUACGUGAACUGUGCGCCUCGCUUGGUGAGAAGCUGAUCGUCCACGAAUACGAGCGUCUGAGUCCUCUGCAGAUGGCAGACAAAAGUUUGCAGGGCAACCUUAAGAAGUUGCGAAAGGGCGAUUGUAUAGUGAGUUUCAGCGUAAUGGGCAUUCACGCGCUUCGAAAGCAGAUUGAGCAGUCAACGGGAAGAAAGGUAGCCACUGUGUACGGCAGCUUGCCGCCCGAGACCAGAGCUCAACAAGCACGUCUCUUCAACGACCCCGACAACGAUUACGACUUCCUUGUCGCUAGUGAUGCCAUCGGUAUGGGUCUCAAUCUGAGCAUCAAGCGAGUCAUUUUCGAGGCAUCGGCCAAAUUCGAUGGAUUCCGUCAAAGAACUUUGGUCACCCCGGACAUCAAACAGAUCGCUGGGCGAGCUGGCCGUUACAAGAUAUCUGACGGCGACUCUUUGCCGCAAACUCCUACCACCAAGGAAGAACCUGCGAAAUCUGAGGACUCGACGUUAGGCCUUGUGACAACGUUGGAAGACUUUGAUUUCCCUGUCAUCGCCAAAGCGAUGAAGGAGGAUCCUGAGCCGAUUCGUUCUGCAGGUAUUCUUCCUCCUGCACCUAUUGUCGAACGCUUCGCUUCAUAUUUCCCUCCUGAUACACCAUUUUCGUACAUCCUCAUGCGACUACACGAGCUCUCUCAGAUGCACUCAAGGUUUCAUCUCUGUGGCCUGAGAGACCAACUCUGGAUUGCUGAUUUGAUCGAACCAAUUCAAGGAUUGACAGUCACAGAUCGAAACAUUCUGUGCGCUUGUCCAGCAUCCAAGUCUGACAAAGAUCUAGUCAGCAAACUUAUCCCGGCUUUGGCACGAUGUAUAGAACAGCAAGGUGGCGGUGCUCUUUACGAACUCGAAGAGAUGCCUCUUGAGGUUCUAGAGCUGGAAAUGACUCCGAGUCGAGAUUAUCUCCGCCAACUUGAACAACUGCACAAGGCUGUUGUUUCAUAUCUGUGGCUGAGUUACAGAUUCGCAGGAAUCUUCUCCACGCGCCCCUUGGCUUUCCAUGUCAAGGCACUCGUGGAAGAAAAGAUUGAACAUGUUCUCCAUCAAUUCUCUUUCACCGAGAGCCAGAGAAGGAAGAUCAAGGUAGCACGUGAGAAAUCGUUGAUGGCAGAGUCUCGAAGAGAGUCG